UUGUAAGGUCACACUGCCAGUAUUUAUAUACAAUAAACAAAAAAAAGCAAUAAAAACACCAAAAUUGUUUGUCCUUUAAAACACAUUGUGCAAUGCGAAAGUUGCAUCACUAAAGUACAAGUAAAUUGUUGCAGCACCUGUGGUUGCACAGGCGUGUGAAAUUUGUGACACUUCCUUUUAAGAACUCACAUUAUCUUACGGAUUCCGAGUGAAAUGUUUGCUCCUCUGUGCUUCAACUGCCCGCGAUGUCUGCUGCUGAAACGAGGAAGCAGCGUUCGAUCAGCGAUUGGUAGCUUGGCCAGGCAUCUGGCCGAUAAGUGCGACGACGACAUUGAGAUCCCUCCCGAACCCACGAACUGUUGCAUGUCCGGCUGUGCCAAUUGUGUGUGGUUGGACUAUGCCCAGACCUUGUCCAAGUUGCUAAACGACAACGACGAGUGUGCUCGUGAGAUUAUUUUGAAAAAAAUCACAGAUCCGAACCUGAAAAUGUUUUUGAGCUUGGAGCUGAGAAAUCUUAAGAAGUUGCGAGAGUCAAAUCCCGAUAAACCAGACGAUGAUCCAAAGACAACGACAAAGGACUAGAUAAGAAUUUUUGGGAAACUUUGGGUAGCACAAUCUACAUAUGUAAAAAUAUAACAUAAGAACCAUUCAACCUCAUUAACUAUAAGAAAUAAACAAUAACUCUUGACUCACAAAA